AUGCCGAAAGGUGACAAUGACAAGGCGGUCAAUAGAUCGAGGUGGGCUACUCGGAAACUCACUGUUAAGAGCAGUGGUCUUAAGAGGUUAUCCCUCAAAGAUAGGAUACAACAUAAGCGAACUGGUUCGACAGAGAAGAAACGUCAUUCGGGCGGUAGUCAGUCUACGGCUGAUGACCACGCCACAUACGAUAGCGCAUCUGCGACCGAGCAGAAUGAACCAGGCGAUUCGAAGAGUACCGUGUCUGUUGAGGAGGAAGAUGAAGGGGGGAGGAUAGUGUACUUCAAUCAGCCUUUGCCUGACGAUAUGAAAGAUGAUGAGGGCAACCCCAUUCGUUCAUAUGCUCGAAACAAGAUUCGGACGGCCAAGUAUACACCAUUGUCUUUCGUCCCUAAAAACCUGUGGUGGCAAUUCCACAAUAUUGCCAACAUUUUCUUCCUUUUCAUGGUGAUUCUUAUUAUCUUUCCUAUCUUUGGAGGUACUAAUCCAGGACUUAAUGCGGUACCUUUAAUAUUCAUCCUUGCCGUGACGUCUAUCAAGGACGCGAUCGAAGAUUAUCGCAGGACGAUUCUUGACAACGAACUAAAUAACGCACCGGUGCACCGUCUUGUAGGAUGGAACAAUGUCAAUGUUACCGAAGAUAAUGUUUCGCUAUGGCGGAGGAUUAAGAAGGCUACUUCGAGAUCUCUCGCAACGUUUUGGCGUGCGGUGAAGAGCUUAUGGAAGAAAGAUGAAACAAAGGGAAUGUUGGAAAAUUCAUCAGAUCCGCGUCCCUCUGUUGAAACCAAGGCUACGCGUCGCGAUUCUACCAUGCUAUCUCCUCACACUGAUAGAACGUCAUACAUGUCUGCGUACGAAGACAUUCAGAUGACACCGGUCACGUCCCCUCUUCCUCCCACGACGCCUAGGAAAGAUUUAAUGGAAAUCCCGGAACGCCCGACAUCUGAAAGAUCGCAUACUCCAAAUGAGCCGGAAACGCUAGCUAGAAUAAAAGGAGACCUUAUUAACUACGAUAUGAAACCUGGCCAGGCCCGGUUUCACAAAGAUCACUGGAAAAAUCUACAGGUUGGCGAUUUUGUGCGACUUUAUAAUGAUGAUGAGCUUCCUGCAGAUAUCAUCGUUCUCGCUACUUCUGAUUCAGACGGUGCAUGUUAUGUGGAAACGAAGAACCUGGACGGAGAGACUAAUUUGAAAGUUCGUCAAGCACUCCGUUGCGGACGAACUUUGAAGCAUGCGAGGGACUGCGAGCGCGCCCAAUUUCUUAUCGAGAGCGAACCGCCCCAACCUAACCUCUACAAGUAUAAUGGUGCUAUCAAGUGGGAACAAAUGAUGGCAGAUGGUCCCAGAGAAAUGUCGGAGCCGAUAUCCAUAGACAAUAUGGUUCUCAGAGGCUGCAACUUGAGGAAUACGGAAUGGGUUCUCGGCAUCGUUAUGUUUACGGGUCACGAUACGAAAAUUAUGAUGAAUGCAGGUGUCACGCCAAGCAAACGUGCUCGCAUCGCCCGGGAGCUAAACUUCAACGUUAUCUGUAACUUUGGUAUUCUCGGCGCAUUGUGUCUUCUGUGUGCCAUUGUCAAUGGAGUGUCGUGGGGCAAAAGCGACGCUUCAACCGCUUGUUUGACUACGGUUCCAUCGGUGGUACUCCUGAUUGAAUAUAUCUUCUCGGACAAGACAGGAACUCUCACUCAGAACGUCAUGGAAUUCAAGAAAGCUACUAUCAAUGGCCAGCCGUACGGAGAAGCAUACACCGAGGCCCAAGCCGGCAUGCAGAAACGUCUGGGUAUUGAUGUGGUAAAAGAAGCUGCCAGGGCCAAAGAACAAAUCGCCGCCGCGAAAGUUCACGCGUUGGAGGGACUUCGAAAGAUUCACGACAAUCCGUAUCUCCACGGAGAAGAUAUGACGUUCAUUGCUCCAGAUUUUGUUGAUGAUUUACGUGGCGAGUCCGGCGAGGAGCAAAAAGAAGCCAAUGCGCACUUUAUGCUCGCAUUAGCACUUUGUCAUACCGUCAUAGCAGACCAUAUUCCCGGCGAUCCCCCUAAGAUUGACUUCAAGGCUCAAUCUCCAGACGAAGCAGCACUCGUAGCAACUGCUCGUGAUAUGGGAUUCACCGUUCUCGGACAUACAACAGACGGUAUCAGAGUAAAUGUUAUGGGCGAAGAAAUACACUACCAAAUCCUCAACACAAUCGAAUUCAACUCUAGCCGAAAACGAAUGAGCGCUAUUGUGAAGAUGCCCGAUGGUCGUAUCAUUCUAUUCUGCAAGGGUGCGGAUAGUAUCAUCUAUUCGCGUCUGAAGCGUGGUGAGCAAGCAGAGCUUCGAAAGACCACUGCUGAGCAUCUUGAAAUGUUUGCUAGAGAAGGUCUGCGAACCCUAUGCAUAGCCCAGCGCGUACUUCCUGAGCAUGAAUACCUCGAAUGGCGUAAGGAGCACGACAAGGCCUCCACCGCGAUGCACGAACGAGAAGAGAAGUUAGAAGAAGUUGCCGACAAGAUCGAGCAAGAAUUAACUCUCCUGGGAGGAACGGCAAUAGAAGAUCGUCUUCAAGACGGUGUGCCCGACGCGAUCGAAUUACUCGGCCGAGCAGGAAUUAAGCUAUGGGUACUCACCGGAGAUAAAGUCGAAACUGCUAUCAACAUUGGUUUCUCGUGUAAUCUACUGAACAACGACAUGGAACUUAUUAAUCUUAAAGUGAAAGAGGAUGAAUCUGGUUCGACACCUGAUGAUUUAUUCAUAAACGAAAUUGGACGAGAGUUAGAUGCGAAGCUAAAGAUGUUUGGUAUCACUGGUGACGAUGAAGACUUGGCCCGCGCCAGGAAGAAUCAUGAGCCGCCAGCGCCAACCCAUGCUCUUGUGAUCGACGGAUUCACAUUGAGGUGGGUGCUCGACGACAGCUUGAAGCAAAAGUUUCUCCUUCUCUGCAAGCAGUGCGCGUCCGUUCUUUGCUGCCGUGUCAGCCCUGCGCAGAAGGCUGCCGUUGUAUCUAUGGUCAAGAAUGGUCUUGAUGUUAUGACGCUCUCCAUCGGGGAUGGUGCCAAUGAUGUCGCGAUGAUUCAAGAAGCAGAGUCGGUGAGGAUGGCUGAAGCAAUCGCCAACUUCUUCUACAAGAACAUGGUUUGGACGUUGUGUAUUCUUUGGUUCCAAUGUUUCUGCAACUUCGACAUCACAUAUCUUUUCGAGUACACUUAUAUCCUUCUAUUCAACCUUAUAUUCACUUCCGUGCCCCCCAUUGUCAUUGGUGUCCUCGACCAGGAUGUGUCCGAUAAAGUCUCGUUAGCUGUUCCUCAGCUAUAUCGACGUGGCAUUGAACGGCUUGAAUGGACCCAGCACAAGUUUUGGUUUUACAUGUUGGAUGGUUUAUACCAAAGUGUAAUAUGCUUUUUCGUUCCAUACUUAACCUUCGCAUCCACCUCAGCCGUUACCGCAAAUGGACUUGAUGUGAUGGAUCGGUAUCGAUUCGGCGUCUACAUCGCACACCCGUGUAUCAUUACGAUCAAUCUUUACGUCCUCAUCAACACAUACCGAUGGGAUUGGCUUACACUCCUUAUUAUUGUCCUCAGCGACCUGGUUGUCUUCUUUUGGACUGGUGUUUAUACAUCAUCAACAUUUGCUGGUACGCUUUAUGAAGGGGCUCCUCAGAUUUACGGCGAAGUUUCGUUCUGGGCGGUUUUAGUUGCGACUCCGAUCCUUGCAUUGGCUCCUCGGUAUGCUAUCAAGGCCUUGCGCAAAGUCUACUGGCCCCGAGAUGUAGAUAUCAUUCGGGAACAGGUUACGAUAGGUAAAUUCGAUAAUCUAGAAAAGGAGAGUUCGAGCGAGGUCCUAGUGAAGUCAAGUUCUUCGGGAUCAUCACAGUCCUCUAGGCGUCGGCGACACCAGCAAUUCGCAAGCGUGGACGAAGAUUUAAAACCUAUUUAUCCACCUUCUGUCGCCACUCAGUCUAUUGCCGGUCAUAAUUCUCGUAGCCAGAAUGGCAGCGACGGCACUAAUUACACCAGACACGAGCCGUCUAUUGAUGUUCCUGUUGCUCAGCCGGCAGAUCCGCCUCCUGAACCUCCGGUACGCCCAUCGCAUGAUCGGGUUCGUCCGUCUUACGACCGUAUGCGAGCCUCGAUGGAUCGAGUUAGGCAGAGUUACGAAAUGUCCAACGAGUUUACUUUCGGCUGCCAUGUUAAGCAGAUUUGA